AUGUUGGAGUUGGUCAUAACCAGCCAAUGCAUUGGUUAUCCCAACCUCAUUAGCUACCCACCUCGACCGUGUGACUGCACCAGCUUCGACUACAAACCAGUCACCAUCAACUCCUUAGCCGCUUCUUCACCGAAUUACUUUACCGUCACCAGUUCAUCGCCUAUGUCACCAACAACCUUGACCAUAACAUCAGAGAAUACCAUAGAAGGUCCUCUGUCCAUUGUUGGUGAACUACCUUUCUUGGGUGCUGUAGGGUUCGAAGCAGCAUUACCAUCGUCUGGUCAAGGUAUGGUUGACUAUAAUAAAUGUGGAGGUAACGUUGGUAUUAUCAGCGAAUACUACGGUCUAGCUCCUGCAGGACAAAAUGCACAUGGAUCGCAUGGUUCAUCAUCACAUUCAUCACAUUCAUCACAUGAAUCAUCUCAAGGAUCGUCAUCUGCAGCUGCAAGUGCUGCAGCAACAUCUAGCGGUGCAACAUCUGCUGGAAUAACAUCUACAGCUGCAUCAGCUACUGCAGCAUCGGCUGCAGUAGCAUCAUCUACAGAAGCAUCAUCUACAGCAGCAUCAUCUGCAGCGGCAUCAUCUUCUUCUACUUCUGGAGCGGCUACAAGUGCAUCAACUUCGUCUGCUUCUUCUUCAUCGUCUUCUGGCAAUAAUCAAAUUACCAUUAUUGCUAACGGUAAAAUGUAG